CAUCAUUAUUUUAAUAAUCCCUACUUUAUAAAUAAGAAAACAGAGGCCCCAAGCACUUAAAUGACUUGUCUAAGAUCAUACUACUAGAAUGUGGCAUCUGGUUCCACAGUUCAGACCUCUAAAUACUAGUCGUCUAUCUUCCAUACAGGACAUUUCUUCCCAGCUCUCCGACAUCUUGGACAAUGUCAAUUGUGUCAUCACUCGCUUCCAGGAAGAAUUAGGAUACGAUUUAAGAGAAAAGGCAAAAUUUUACCAGAUGGAGCAAAAGGGCAAGAACAGAUUCAUCUUGUUGGAGAAAAUUGCCUCCUUCUCCAAAGAUGCUAAGACUAAAGAGAAGCACUUGUACGAUAUCCUCCACUGGCUGGCUGACUGGGGUGACAGUCUGACCUAUGAGAUCAAGAACAGGAAGAGUGAGAAGGAAGAGGAAAGCCUGGAUGAAUGGAUUGAGGUGAUGGAGAAGGUGUUACCUCUCUCUCUGAUCAGCACCAAAGGAGGCAUUGAGUCUCUCAUUUCCCUUUGCUCCACUCUCAUUGAAGGACAAAAGAAAAGGGCACAAAUGUCCAAACACACCUUCUGGCAAGGCUGGCAGGAACAAAGUCUGCAAAAAUUUACAUCCUACCCUCAGCCACUGAGCCCAGAGCAGAUGCUCCAGGAUAAGAAUACUGCCUGCACGAAGGUUUCUGAGGUGAGGUCCAUGCUGCAGGAACUCCUGGACUCCACCAUGUUCAACCAGGGGGAAGUCAAGGCCAUCAGGUACAUGUCAGCUGUGGUGGAGAACCUCAACAAGGCCUUGAUCCUCCAGCACGAUGAGAACAGGAGCCUGGAGACCAAAUACAAGCAACUGAAAACAGAGAUGACCAAGGAACUCAGUAGCCAGAGGCUAUACUUUCAGCAGUCCCUCCAAGUCCUCAAGAGUAAGAGGGAUGCCCUAAUAAGGCAGUUAGAAGUUGUAGGGGGAAAGUACCAUGACCUUCUCCUGAUAAAGCAUGCCCUAGAGUUCCAGCUGAAGAAGGCUCAGACUGCUAGAGGUCAAGCAGAAGACCCAGUCAAAAUCUUCAUUGACUCCCCAGGCCCCCCCGAGAAAGAGACCAUUCCAAAGAAAGACUCAGUCACGGAGGAAACCCAAAAGGAACCCAGGAAGGAGGAGCAGUUGUUUUCACCAUUUUCCCCAGGUCCCAUGGCUGCAGCUGGGGACAGUGGUGCUAGGUCUUCAAUAUGUCAGCCACUUUCCACCAUGACCACACAUUUGAGGAUCGCAGAUGUAUACAGCAACCAGGACACUGAAAGUCUUCAGCUUGUGUUGCCGCCAUCAGUGGAUCACAGGUUUUCUCAGAAAUGGGAAAUACCAGGGGCAGAGAGCCCAGGCCACAAAGUCAAAGACCAGGAGGACUUCUUCCAGGAAGCAGCCCAAGAGAAAGAAGGACUCCACAUCAAGUCUCAUUGUGAGGAGCAGCUGUCCCCAGACAGCUCCAGGACUGUGGCCUUGGAGAGCAAGGUGGAGCCCUGGGAAGAGGAACUCAUUUGGGAGAGGAGGAGGCAGCAGUGGCUGGAGGAGGAGGAGACGUGGCUGCAGCGGCAGAAGGAGUGGGCCCUGCUGGAGCAGGAGCACCAGGAGAAGCUACAGCAGUGGGAGAUGAAGAAGGUGGCAAAGGAGGAGCAGCAGAGAUUGGUCCAGCCAGAAAAGGAGGAGGGGGGCCCACAGAGGGAGCUGGAGCAGCCAAGGGAAGAUGAGGAGAAGAAGAUUUUUGUGACCACCAGUCGAUGGAGGGACUUGGAAAAGGCAUCACUGUCACCUCCCCUAAGCCGGGCCCAAUCUGCUUGCCAAAGCAGAAGGCCACACUUGUCCAGGUCUCCUAAUACCCAGAAGACCACCCCAGGAAGUCAGAGGGCGAUGAGUUCAACCGAGUUUACCCAGAAACCACGGACCCACCAGGUUCCCACAAAGCCCAAGAAAUCGGCUUCUAUUCCUAUUACAGGGGCAUUCAUCCGAAAGGUGACCCAGCCCCCUUUGCAUAUAACCUCAAUAACUCUGAAGGGCAAGGUAUACCACAUGGACGUGGAGGCCCAGAGGAAGAAUCUGCAGCUCCUGAGUGAGGAUGCUGAGCAGGGAAUGCCCCACUACCUGCGCAGCAAAGCACAGGAGCUCACCACCAGCGCCAUGGAGCUGACUGUGCUCAGGCUGCAAAGCCUGUGCCAUAAGUAUAUCCUCUACAGGUGCUUCCAGAGCCUCCGACAAGAAGUGAUCAACCACAUACAAGCCAUUCGAAAAACUGGGGCUACCUAUAAGGCCCAGAGUCUCUACACCUCCCUGAAGAACAUCGACCACCUGCAGGACCUUCGCCUGCAGGCCUGGACAGACAAGCAGAAGGACCUGGAAGAGAAGCGCCAAGCGUGCCUGAGCAGUAUGGUGACCAUGUUCCCCAAGCUCCAGCUGGAGUGGAACAUUCACCUGCACACCCCUGUACUCACCUCCCCAAAGUCAAGGAAAAGCAAGCCGUCCCCAUCCUUACUCCGGCGUGUCCACUCCAGCAGCCCCUUCAGGAAGCAGCCCCCAGAGCAUCUUCCAUCAAAGCACCGGGAAUAUGUGCCCCUGAGGAUGGCCCGCCAACAGGGGAACCUGAUGGAGGCUGUUUGGAAGACCGACGUGGCCUCCUCCAGUCACCCAAUAGAAAAGAAGACCCCAACCAGCCUGUCUUGGGACCAGCUAGGGGGGUACCCAGACAUUCCCCGGCUGCUGGCGUUGGACGUGCAUUCCUCCUACCACAAAAGCUUGACGUCCCUCAAGGCCCGGAAAGCAACCCAAAGAAAGGAAUGCCAGAAUCCCUCAAGUGAGUCAGCCGAACUCGUUCACAGAAAGUCAAGCGAGUUGCCCCCUGGAACCCUAAAAAGCCAGAAGGAUCGAGACAACCACAGUUGCCACUCCAUCCCUGAGCCAGUGAUUUUCAAACUUUAAGGUGGCUAAAAUUACAUGGGAGCUUGUUCCAGAUUCAGGUUCCCAGCUGGUGUUUUUCAACAAACACCAGGGGUGUUGCUAAGUAGUCCUACAACUUUGAGGAACUCUACUUUCCUGCAUUCCCCAAACUGUAUAUUUUUAAUUAAGUAGAGAUAUGUUUAUUUUUAAAUUUUUUCUGUCUCAUUGCUGAAACCCACACCUUCCCAGCUGAAUUUUGGAACCAGGUCCAUGACCACUUGACCAGUGACCAGGACACCAAUCAGAGAAGACGCCCCAAGUGCUGUCUGUCCUUCGAGAGCCAAGAAGCAAAGACAGCCAUGCAUGGUGCCUGCCACACAGUAGGGUCAGGAACACCUGCAUUAUCAAAGGUACGGGCACAUAAGUAACUGAAAUACUGAUCAUUAGCAUGAACACACAGAGGAUAAAAACAAAAGGAAAUACCACGUAUAAGUCAGAGCCAAGUGUCACUGUGUGGGAGGUAAAGGCAAAUAAGUUCCCCAGGAGUGAUAGCAAAAGUAGAAGAAAUGCACACAUGGAAGUUCCAAAUCUAGAUGGUGUGGGCUAAGGAGACCAUCUCGGGCAACUGUCGGUUCAGUUAAGACACCACUUUCCUUAGAUCAUCCAACUGAAGCGCACUGCCCCGCUCUCACUGUUCCUAGCACACAGCCAUCUGUCUCACCCCUCCCUGAGCCUCCGCCCUCCCCUUCUUCACUCACCAGGCCAGACCCAGCAGGACCAGACAUAAUAUGACUAAUGGGGAAAUGACCCCGUCCUUAG